AUGGACGGUUCCAAAUGUACAUUUAAUGUUCAGGAAGAGGUCAAUAAUAUAAAAAGAGAAUCUGAAGAUGAGAUUCAAAAAGAAAUAUUUGGGUUACAAUUAGAACCUGUAGAAAAAGGAUGA